AUGCCUGGCCCCCACAAGAGCAAUGUGCCAGGUAGGCAGUGAUCCAUUUGGAAGAAGCUGCUCCUUCCACCUCCCACCAUCCGGUCGACCUCUUCAUCUGCUGCUGUGGGCAGCCCGGUGGGGACGUAGAAGUUAGAAAGCAUGUCCUUCGUGCCCAGCAUUAUUAGCAUCAUCAUAAUUCUGGCGGGAGCAAUUGCACUCAUCAUCGGCUUUGGCAUUUCAGGGAGACACUCCAUCACCGUCACUACUUUGACUUCGGCCGGGAACAUUGGCGAGGAUGGGAUCCUGAGCUGCACUUUUGAACCUGACAUCAAGCUCGGCGACAUCGUGAUACAGUGGCUGAAGGAAGGUGUCAUGGGCUUGGUCCAUGAGUUCAAAGAGGGCAAGGAUGACCUGUCCGAUCAAGAUGUCAUGUUUAAGGGACGAACAGCAGUUUUUGCAGAUCAAGUGAUAGUUGGCAAUGCUUCUCUAAAGCUGAAAAAUGUGCAGUUAACAGAUGCCGGCACCUACAAAUGCUACAUCAUCACUUCGAAGGGCAAGGGAAAUGCCAAACUGGAAUACAGAACUGGAGCCUUUAGCAUCCCAGAAGUGAACGUGGACUACAAUGCCAGUUCAGAAAGUCUACGCUGUGAGGCUCCCCGAUGGUUCCCACAACCCACUGUAGCCUGGGCCUCGCAGGUUGACCAGGGAGCCAAUUUCUCUGAAGUUUCCAACACCAGCUUUGAGCUGAAUUCUGAGAAUGUGACCAUGAAAGUAGUGUCGGUGCUCUACAAUGUCACUGUCAACACCACAUACUCCUGUAUGAUUGAGAAUGACAUUGCCAAAGCCACAGGGGAUAUCAAAGUGACAGACUCUGAAAUUAAAAAAAGGGGCCACCUACAGCUGCUGAACUCUGAAGCUGCCCUGCUAGGCUCAUCACUCUGUGCCUUUGGUUGGGCACUUCUUCCCCUUACCCCUCACCUGAUGCUCUUAUAG